CCCUUGGCGCCAGCUGUACUUGACACCCCGGAGUGGAAGGUUCUCCGUUUCGAAUCGAACGAAAUCGAAAGGUGUCUUGGUUGCUCUUGUUCGCGCGGACGCCUUCCGGUCAGGCGGGCCCUUUUCUCCUCGGCGAUAAGCGCCGCCCGCUGAUAAGGACGCGAGCGCGGCCGUGCGCUCGAGCCGAGUGCGCAGCAGGCAGGUGACGUGUGUGUGUGUCUGACGUAGGCGUGCCACGAUGGCCGAGGCCGGUGUAAACACGAAGCAGAAGAUGCCCCUGGCCGAGGUCGAGUUCAACGCGGCGCGGGUCAUCUCGCGGCUCGAGGAGGCCGUGCAGAUGGAGGAGGGCGGCCACUCUUGGAAAGUGUCCCACGGACUGCUGCCCUUGCCAAGUCGCUCCAAAGACGAAGUCAUGACGCAGCUCGAGGAUCUCUUGCUGCAUGAGGAGGGUGAAGGGGUGCGAGCUCGGCUGCCGCAGUUGGACGCGCCAGGGGAGGUGGCCAUCACCUCGCACAGCGUCGCCGCGUACGCCAGCAGCCUGGACAGGCCGCACUUGCAGCGACUCGCGACCAGGAUCGCGUCCGACUCCACCCGAUGGCUUAGUCACAUGUUUAGGUUCUUGGAGUGCAACGCAUUUUACAAUGACGACCUGCUGGAGGGUCUGGUGCGCAUCACCCGCAUGCUGCUGCACUACAAGUACCCUGAAUACCUGGAGCAGGGUUACGACGCCCUGCAGACGAACCCGCCCGUCAUUUACACAAGCAUGGCCUCGCCCUUGGGCCUGGUGCAGCACCUGUGCCGUCAGGUGGGUCUGCCGCUCAUGUGCGUGCGGCCGGUGCCGUGCAACACGGUCUUCGGAUCGCACCAAAAGAUGGACGUGGCCGCCCUCGAACGGGCCAUCGAGGACGACAAACUGGUGGACAAGGUGCCUCUGCUGGUGCUGGCCGACGCGGGCACCACCAUCGCUGGACACGUGGACAACGUGACCAGAAUGCAGGAGGUGUGUCGCAAACACGACGUCUGGCUGCACCUCAGAGGCCACGGUUUGGCCGCCCUGGCCAUGGCCUCUUCGCCGACGGUCCCUUCUCGCAUCGCUGACAGCAUGACCCUGCCCCUCGGGGUGUGGUUCGGAGUGCCAGCUUUGCCCAUUGUUACUUUGUUCCGCACCAUUGAAGCACAAGAACCUGCUCCUCCGGGAGUCAGAACCCGUGAGAGCACCCUUGCCUUUCUUGCCGGCCUCUCAGCGGAGCACAACAUGCUGAAACUACCGAGUCUUUGUUUGUGGACCUCACUUCAGGCUCUCGGCCGUGAGGGAAUCCUGCACAGACUUCGCAGUGCGUUCGAGGCAAGCGAAAUUCUCCACAGCAAACUCGCAAAAUAUCCCAGGCUCCGUCUUUUGAAUCAAAGACCAGGUGGUGAAGCUGGUAGCAUUUCCAUUACGGAACUGGUCAAGAAGCCAAUCAGCACAACUGUGCUUUUUGAAGUCACUUCCUCUACAGUUGUUUUCCAAUUUGUUCCUGAGAACCAUAACAAUGAUGAACGAGUUCCUGACUAUUACGACAAAUUGAACUCUUGGCUGGGACAAAUUUUGCAACGGGACGUCCCAGAAGUCCCUCUAGAAAUCUGUGAGCUAGAACUGAGUGGCAUCAUUUUGCGUUUCUGUCCUUUGGAAUUGUCUCCUGAACGUCUGCCUUCCCACGCCCAAAUUGAUAAGUUUGCAACCUCGAUGGAGCAGCAACUGGAAAUUCUGGAGGCAACGGUGCACCAUAAAGAAAUCUUUGUCAAGUUGGCCACGAAGUGUCCCCAUCUCCGUCUUGUCAAUAUGCCUCAAUGGGCUGGUUUGGGUGGAGUGAGGUUCGUCCCCGACGAAGAGGAGCCAGAUGAUAUGACCGAUCAACGCAAAAACGAGCUCAAUCAUCUUAACCAACGACUUGUUGACACGCUGCGUAGCACAGAUGCUGCGUUUUCCAUGGGCGAAGGUGAAAAUGGUUUAAUUUGCGUUCGUUUUGGCAUGGUCACUGCCGACACUGACGUCGAAGAGCUGCUCAAUUUAGUUGUGACCACGGGAAAGGAAGUCGAAGAGUCAUCUCGCUUCCUCGAAUCUCUCACUGAGAUUGUCAAGAAAGGUAUUGAAACCGCAACUCAGGACCUCCAGAAGGAAAACGCCGAGCGCGUCUGGCAGGAAGGCAUUUUGCGCCAAAUGCCAGUAGUUGGAUCUCUUGUCAACUGGUGGUCUCCGCUUGGCAAGGAGACCGGAAUCAAAGGCCGCAGCCUCAACUUAACUGCAGGUGUUGUCGAGAGCACAGAAAAUAUUUAUCGCUACCACAUGCAGCUGCAAGGGGUUUCCCCUCCAGGAACCAAGGGCCCACCCACGCCCUUGGUGCAAACCCCGAUCGCACCACCCUCUUCUCAGCACUCUAGGUCUUCGUCCCACAGUUCUAACAAGGAGCCCCAGGCAGCAGAACAAUAAUAUUGUGGAUUUCGCGAGUUGUUUAAUAAUUAUCCUUUUGUCUUUACAAUACGUAUAUAUUUAUUGUGAAACGUCUUGAUUUUGUUGUGAUUUUACUUGUAGUGAUGUCAAAAUUGAAUUCAUGGACCUAAGACUGUACGAGCACAAGCACCUAUUUACCAAAGAUGCCUCGAUUGUGUACUCUUGGUUGCAAUAAAAGAGCAAAACCAAAUUUCAAAACUUC